GCUCAGCCCGACCUUCUCAGGAACGCCACUCGCUGUCAUUCCCUGAGAGACUCGGAAGGAUGCUGUCCUGCAGACACCUGGGUCUGCUGGGAGUCCUCGUGCUCUGCCAAGGCUGGGAGGACCCGGGUGCUGACGAUCCUUGCGACAACUUCACCGACCUGAACCUGUCCCACUGCUUCAUGGGCACCAGUCUGUACGUGCGCCUGCUCCUCUACACGCGCUCCAAUCUGGACUGCGGCCGCGAACUCCACCACCACCUCUUCCCUUCGCAGCCGCUCUUCAACCUCUCCCGUCCCACCGCCUUCAUCAUCCACGGCUACCGCCCCACAGGGGCGCCGCCCAUCUGGAUCGACCACCUUGUGCGCCUGCUGGCCAGGCAGGAGGACAUGAACGUCAUCGUGGUGGACUGGAACCGGGGGGCCGCCAACCUCAACUACCUCACUGCCGUGAGCUACACCAGGGACGCGGCCUACAACCUGACAGGGUUCAUCAUGAGCAUGCAGGAGGAAGGAGCCUCGCUGAGUUCAAUUCACCUCAUUGGGGUCAGUUUGGGGGCUCACCUGGCUGGGUAUGUGGGCGCCAACCUGAAGGGAAAGCUCGGACGCAUUACAGGUUUGGACCCGGCGGGGCCCCUCUUCACCAGCGCCACUCCAGACGACAGGCUGGACCCUUCGGACGCCAUGUUUGUUGACGUGCUGCACACGGACAUGGACUCUUUUGGCUUGCGAGGCGCCCACGGUCACAUUGACUUCUACGCCAACGGGGGUGCGGACCAACCGGGGUGCCCCAAAACCAUAUUUGCCGGUAAGCACAUAAAUACACACAGUCUUGACGGCAGCAUGAACCCCCUUCUCCACCCGACAGGGAAGUCUUACUUCGUGUGUGACCACCAGCGGUCAGUGUUUUUGUACUUGUGCGCGCUCAACCAAACCUGCAGCCUUACCGCCUACCCGUGCGCCUCCUAUGCCGACUUCCUGGAUGGGCGGUGCAUGCAGUGCGAGGCCUUUAAGCCCGCCCCUUGCCCUCAACUCGGUUACGAUGUCAGCAAGUGGCGUGAAAGCCUCCUGCGUUUGGGGCAGACCAAAGUGUUCUUCAGCACCACAGCUACCCUCCCCUAUAGAAAACUCAACUACAGGGUGGACAUGGUGACAUGGAACCAGUACCUCCGUUGGGGGGUGGUCUACAUCCGCCUGCACGGUGGCAGGACCUUCACUGAGGCCCGCAUAGACCACAAGCUCCUGCGCUUCGAGCAGUUCACGUCCACGCGUCUCCUGGCCCAGUUCGACGAGGACCUGCCGCAUGUGCAGAAGAUCUCCCUACGCAUCAACACCGGCAAUGUGAUCGGCCCACGCUACAAAAUCAGACUGCUGCGGAUACGACUGACGCCGCUGGAACAGCCAGAAAGGCCGCUGAUGUGCCGCUUUGACAUAAUCAUGGAGGAGAACACGGAGGUGGCGUUCAGGCCGUUGUCGUGCGAGUCCCACCUUUAACCGGACGCCCCCGCCUGGACCGCCCCUGGGCACUGCCGCCUUCUCACCCUUCACAGGAGACUUCUGUGAAUACAGGAAGCCACAUUGCACGGUGUAUACGUCAGUGGACCAAAACUGGGCUAUGUUUCAAUUUGCACACUUGCACUUCAUUUGAGGGUAGUUAGGGUCCAUCACUGCACUCUCACCAUUUGAGGGCAACAUCCGGGUACUCCAUGCAUUUUGUAAAGGCACUCAAAAUGUUACGUGUGGAAGUGCAGCAAUUGAAACAGCACCCAAGACUUUUUACCUCAUGGACGCUUGUAGGAACAAACUUCUUGCCAACUUAGGCUGCAUUUUUCACUAAGUUUUAUUUUCUAUCAUGGGUUUUACAGGUUCUAUUUUAUGUAUUUUUUUUUUUUUUUUUUUUACUUCGUUCGUGCCUUUUGUCAUCACUUCCUGUGUGUGUUGGGGGCUGAGUUAAGCGCUACAAAUGUAUCUUUUAUCGUUUACAAAACACCACACAAAGGCUGAGGUGAUUUGUUUGUUUUUUUUUUUUUACUCCUGACAUGACAUUUAAAUGUGUCAGACCUAAAGAAACUAGAUCUGCUAACAGCUAACGAUUUCAGUGUUAUCUUGUCAAAUGGGUGGAGUAACACAGAGCGAGAAGAUACAACAAGGAAGGGGGAGACACGAAAACAAAGACAGCAGGUGAAGCAGACAAAACAUGAUGACAGCCGCUUGUUGGCGUCUUCUUGAGCGGGUCGGCGGACGCUGUUCAGAGCCAACGAUGGGGGCCGUCACCAGCUGGGACCUGUGGGUGGCGGCGACACACACACACACACACGGGGAAAAAAAAUUCAGGUUAAGUCAAAGAGGCGGCAACUAAUGCGGGUCAGCACUCAACCACAAAAGCGGCGGAGGAUUUUUUUUUUUUGUUGUUGGCCUUGUGGGCAGCGACGAGCAAGCGGAGGAAAUAGGAUUUGACGAGCUCGACAGUACAGGUAACCAGUCACUAGGUCAAAGGUCAAAGACACUGGAUAGGCUAUUACACAACCAAGAAGCAGAAAAAGAAUUCUAAAAGCAACCCGCUGAGCCGCACCAGGUUGACGGAGAAGGAGGAAGGUUAAGUUAGAACUAAUUAAGGUCCGACUGUCUUGCAAGUAGCCACCAGGGGGCAGUAACAUCACUCAAACAUACUGCAAAUGCUGGGAUUAUAGCUGCAAUAUUUACCGACACAGCAAGGAUGAAGGGGUGUUAAUUGAAGGAGUAACUUCCUCUAGAAGCCGUCCGAUCAGGUUGUAUUGAUUUGUCUUCUUCCAAGUUUUAGGACACUGUACCUGAGAUUACUCUCAAAGAACUUGUCUUGUUUAUUUUAAUUAUAAAUGGCGAAUGGAUGGAACUUAAAGCUGACGCGGACCUCCUGUACAAUCUAGCGAGAUUGAAUUCAAUAAUGUUUCUCACCUUUAUCAUAGUGCUGGCCCUUUCUUUGGCCCCAUGGCGGGUUAUUUAGCAGACGCACUCAAAAAAAAAAUGCACGAGCAGUGAGUCAGCAACACGUAGGGUGCUUUAGAUGUGGCAGCAACAGAACCAAUGUUGUAACGGCAUUUAAGAGCAAACAUCUCGGCCAGCUUUAAGUGUGGAGAUUUUCACAACAACCUGAGUAGCAACAUUUUAAAGUGCAUGCAGAGGUAGAUAAAGCCGUUGGUUGUUGACCACUCGUGGACACUUCAAAUGCGCCUACUGCCGGUGCCGUUGCCAAAUUAAUAAAAACACUACAUCAGGGGGUUGCCUACAGCCACAGCCAUAAAUGCCAGGUGUUUUCAUUUUUAUCCAUGCUAAUUAGAUAGACACCCGGCAACUAUUGAAUAAAAGGUGUUAAUUGGAGCAUUGAUGUCUAUAGGUAUAGCUGGUGUGGAUUGUUCUAAUAAGUUACCUGUGUUGUUGUUGUGGUUCUGGCCCCCCAUGGGUUGCCGGUUCCUGUACCUUUGUGGCGGUCCGACGUUCAUUCUGGAAGGAGCUCCUCCUCUCCUGGAACUCUAAAGACAGAAGGUCAAAGGUUGGAGGCCCAUGUGACACAUGAGGUCCAGUCAGCUUUCAGACUCACCGUGUUGGCAUCCCAUCUGUGGUCCUGCACUUCUGGAAUCGUCACAUCAUCGCCGCCGAACUUGACCGUGCUGAGCGCGCCUCGCUGGCUGCUUCCUGGUAUGGUGAUGGUCACGCCAUCCAGACGCUGCUGUCGCCGCCGCUCCAGAUCGUGCCUCAGGUCGCCCGGUCCAUGCAUGGGCUGCUGAAUGCAGACGUGGCGACAUCAUGUCUACUGAUGUCUACUCAAGUCUGCUGAUGAAUGAGAAGGCAGGACCAAGUUUGCUUACGUGGGGAAAGAGGUCGUCUUGAGGCUUUGCUGACAUGUUCGAGUUGAAGCUGCAGAGAGACGCCACAGACUCAAGUCAAAGUUGAAGAUAACAAAAACAGCAUUCAGACAUCAGGGUGGGCGGCGUACUUGUUGGAUGAAAACCUCUGGUCCAAAGUCAUCCCCGCACCCUCUUCUUCACAGUGGCCUUUUUGGGGCGCGGAGAAGCGUUUGUUCAGGGUGAUGCCUUCACCUUUAAAGUAGAGCUCUGCAGGAAACAAAGAAAGUAGAUUGGGACUUCCUCUUAUGCAUCCAAAGUGCUGCCAUGAGACACACGCUGACCUUUGACAUGAUGCACCAGUGUAAUAAUUUCCUGCGCAAACGUUCCAGUGUGCACGGUGCCGUCCUGUUUGCUUCUGGAUGGCUCCGUCAUGGAGGGCAAGAAGUCCAGACGCUGGCGUCCCACGUUGACCAGGUCUAGAGAGAGCUGGCGAUCUGCAGAAUAACACAGCGUGCUGCUGCGAGGGGUGAGGGAAGGUCGAGAAGGAAGCGGAAGAUUCAAGGAAGAAGGGGAUAAGGAGAAAGAUGUGAGGAAGGAUGAGAUGGGGGCUGCAUGGGGGUGUGUUCAAACUUAUUUACCACACCGCUAGGAAAGGAUUUUGAAGUUCGUUCACCGGGUUGAGUUGUUAAAAAAAAACUUCACUGCUCACUGAAGACAAAAAAAAACAAACAAACAAAAAAAAUGCUAUCCUACUUACCUGACUAGGUCAAUACUUCGACCUAGUGUUCCUACACAAACUAACCCACGCACACAUGCUUGAGCAUAAACAAUCGGGUGAACGUUUAACACAGGUUCUGCCAUCCAUGCUUGAUGUACUUUCAUGUGAGGCACGUUCGCCUACAGUUUUCAACCAUUUGCUUCUUGGCGGCUCGGUGGCGUCUCCCGCCGAGACUUCUCCUCCUGAUGUGGAACAAACAACUUCCACCUUUUUGGGACACAUUUUCUUUCCACGCUGGAAUGCUUCUCUUUCAUGUGCUUCACCUUUUUGGGACAACUUUUCUUUCCACGCUGGAGCGUUUCUCUUUCACGUGCUUCACCUUUUUGGGACACCUUUUCUUUCGACACUAGAGCAGUUCUCUUUCAGGUGCUUCACCUUUUUGGGACACCUUUUCUUUCGACACUGGAGCAGUUCUCUUUCAGGUGCUUCACCUUUUUGGUAGACCUUUUCUUUCGACGCUGGAAUGGUUCUCUUUCAGGUGCUUCACCUUUUCUUUCCACACUGGAACGCUUCUCUUUCAGGUGCUUCACCUUUUUGGGACACCUUUUCUUUUGACGCUGGAACACUUCUCUUUCAGGUGCUUCACCUUUUCUUUCCACGCUGGAACGCUUCUCUUUCAGGUGCUUCACCUUUUCUUUCCACGCUGGAAUGCUUCUCUUUCAGGCGCUUCACCUUUUUGGGACACCUUUUCUUUCCACGCUGGAACGCUUCUCUUUCACAUGCAUCAAGGAGAAGCAAAUCAAACAUCUUUCGCCGACUCUCGAGGUAAACGGUGGCACCACAUCAGGCGAGUUCACUGCAAUCCCUUCUUCUUAGAGCUCAUCUUAAAAAGUGAGUGACACUUGUUUCAUGGCUGUGAUGUUCCUCCUCUUGUCCCACCUCCUGCUGUCAUUCAUUUAAAAGGAAAAUCACGGUGAUGUAACCAAACUUCAAACAUGAGUAGAAGUCCUUUUCUUUUCUGCUUCAAAUGUGAGGGUUAUUUUACCUCACAUUUGCUAGUACUGCUUUGUUAUGUCUUCAUGUAGACAUGUGGUCAACUGCUUUAAAUCAGUCAAAUAAUAUUGCUGGUGAUCCAAUCAGUGAAUGACACACAUUUUCCUUCCUGGUUCUCCUCAAGCGCAAGGUCUAAAGAUGCUGUUGUGCUUUGCAUGAUGACUGCACUUAAAAGCAUUGUCUUUGAAUGUAAAGUAGCAGCCUUAUAACAUGUGGACAUCAGUGUUUCCAUUGUUGUGUACUAUUCCUUUCAGAAGUUCCUUUCUGCUUCUUGAUUCGGCAAUGCUGCGCAAUGUCAGCCUUGCUCAAAGUCCUCUGUGAAGCAACCAGAACAAAUGCUUUCUGCUCUUUUCGGCACCAUCAUGAAUGAGAUGGCUUCCUGGUUGUCAAAUGGCCGCUUGCAAGCAGUGGCAGCGCAUUGGUAGCCAUAUCGGACCAGCGUCAUCCCGCUCAGUCUUUCAUUCCCAAGCAAAAGGUUCCAUGUUGUGGAAUAGACUGAGCCAAUGGCUGAGUAAUAAGUGCAUUGCACAUUCCCGUAUAAGAAGCAGCGCUUUGACACUGAUUCCCACGCCGCCUUCAGCUACUCCUGAUGAUCCGUGAAUGUUGACUUCCUCCUUGAACAUUCUUUAUCUCCUUCUACAUUGGCUCCUCUUUUCUCCUCUUUUUCUUCUUCCUCCUCAUCCUCCUCCUCUUCCACAUGAUUCCAAAUCCCGUUCCCGUUUAGCCUCAAGUCAUCCAAGUGGUUGCAGGAGCAGAAGCAGUCGGAUUCUUGUGCACCAUUCCUUCUUAGAUGUGGUUCCUCACAGCACUUGCAUUGAAGCGAGCAAAGAUGUGUAGAAUUCCCAUAAAUCCAGUAGCAGGCCAACUUGAAGAUGAUCCAUGCUCUUCCAUCACUUUGGGUGGUUCAUGUGACGUCAUGAGGAAACGUGAGACGACAUCACACCACAUGAGAUGUUUAACAGGUGGUCAACGUUCCAAUUCUGCCACAUGCUGUCCUCCUAAUCGUCAUUCCCGAUGUCGAACUCUCUGCUCAUCCAUCUCCCCGCCACGUCAUUCCCUAACUGCUUUUCCCUUUCCUCUUCCUGUGUAGUUUUUACUCACAAGAAAGGUUCAAAUCAAACUAAAUACAUUACCUUGCGUGUGCCGGUCGGCUCAUGUCCACUUUAAUGGUUAGCGUUUCCUCCGUUACCACCGUCAUGUUUUUGGACUUUUUAUCCUCCAAGCCAUCAAACGGCCAAUUCUGCUCCUUUCCCGGGUUGUCCCUCGCCAAGUGUUGCUUUAAACUCGCAGGCCUGAUCUGCUCCAAGUGUCCAUCUCCUUCUGUCCAGCUUUGCUCCUCCUCCUCGUCCUCGUCCUCCUCCAUGGCAUUUGAGUAUUGAGCUUCCUCCUGAGGUAUGAAUCCCACUCUCUGAUCCUUUCGAGCAUUUCCAUGGUAUCCCCGGGAAAAGUGGUGAAAGUUUGGCCGGUACUUUGGGGGUCCGACGUUUCUGACAUGGUUGUGAUCGAACCUCUCUCUCGCAGAAUGAGGACCACACCUCCCUCUAAGGUUUGCGGGACCAUGUCGUCUGGCAAAUCUUGGGACGUUUGCCCGCUCUUGUGGUGGUGGGCUCCUCCUGCUUUCAUAGUCUCCCCUCCAAUUUUCUGCAAAGGAGCGUCUUCGGGAGUCUUCACGGACAUCGGGCUUGUUAUUUGACGUCCUGAAUCCCUCCUGUGAGGAGCUCCGUGGACCAGACUCUCUCUGCUGGUUGAAGACAUGGUCUCCGUGAUCUAAAUGUUCCUGCUGGGGUGGCUUCCAGCUGUCUUGGUUGUAGUGAUCGUGGUCAAAAGCAAGUGCUCCUGAUCCGUGAGCAUCUUUAUGGGGAGGACCCCCGCGGUGGUCUCCUUCAAAGGCUGGUGAGGAGCGCUGUUCACCAAAGACCUUGUUUUCCCGCCUGAACCUGCGACAGCGAGAGGAGGCGACACAUUAGCGCUCACAUUCAUGAAAAGUCAGAUCAACAUGUACGUUUAUUUUAGGACAGGAAAGAAGACGCAGAAGUUUGGUGAAAGAGCACAAAGACAAGAAGUCCGGAAGCUGAUUUCUUGCUUCCCUUUUUUGUGUCAGUUAGCUUCAGAUUUACCCGCUGUGAUGCUGGGGCUCCAUUUCUCUUCUUGCCCUCUUCCAGGGGGGGCUCAUCUCUUGGUGCAGAUCUUCUCUUGGUCUGCUUCUGUGGGGACCCUCAGCGUUCUUCUCUCUUCUGCCUCCUCUUUGCUCAUCUGACCUGACAGUGGGGCUGACUCCUCUGAACCGCCCGCCUCCCUGCCCCCAUUGCUCUCGCCUCCAGUCCGGUGCUCCUUUUGAAUGAUCCGAGUGAGAAUUUGGAGCCUGGUGGUCCAUUGGGAACCUCGAAGGGGAACAUGGUGCCCAACCCCUAUUACUAAAAUGCAUGUCUUCUCUUCUUUGUCUAUCCGCAUCUGAUCCUCCGUCACGCUGGGUAGAAGAUCUUGGGACACGGCGGUCCAUCGCAUCACGACGAGGUGAUGGCCUCCCGCGGUAAUACCCAUCGUCAUCCUGGUGACGCCAAAUGGGAUCCUGUGGAGAGGGAGAGGCUCUUCUCUGGCCUUCCGGGAUCAUGCCCUCACGGAACCUGUGAUCUUCAUCUCUGAGAGUGGGACUCCAGUCAGAUCGACUCUUACUGUAUCCUGCAAAGCCUUUGUAAGAUCCACGGUCGUUCCAUGGGGGCCUCCUGGACAGGAAAUAUUGGAAGAUUGCACAUUAGUACGUUUGUAGAACAUGUGACAUAAAUUUAGGUAGGUGCCAGUCUAUCUACCUGCUUUGAGGUGGCGAAGACCUUGGUCUUGACAUUUCGUCAACCUUCUAAGAUAAGAAAAAAGGUGUCAACACAAUACAGGUGGAACAACGCAGACACCUGUUACAUCUCUCCAAGAGCUGUAAAGUACACAAACUUGACACCAAAUGAAGUAGUAGCUCAUUCAGUGUGCAGUUUGGCUACAGCUUGCUUCAUUGCAUGUACACAUACCUGCUGAUGGCAACAGAGCUAACGUUAGCACCACCGUUGCAUUGACUUAUUUCACACACGUUGUCAACAGUUUCCCAUACAUUCAUUCAUGAAUAAUUUGGACCGCUGCAAAUAGAUUUGGCGCUACCUUUUCGCCCUCGCACAUAAACACACUGUUUGUGAAUGUAGUUUGUCCUUCCAACUCAGCACAGUAGAUGGGCUUCUUAACGCACCUCAUACGCACCUGUAUUGCCAGAGAAUAAGGUGCCAACUUUGUGUUACAUUUAGCAAGGAAUCAGAUCCCUCUAGGUUAUGUCUUUUGUUUCUUAACAUUCUUGUUUUGCUUUCAUGAUUUUUGUUGCUCACUUAUUGUCUCCCACAGAAUCCAUAAAACGUACUAGCAAAUGUGUCGUGGCAAACUAUGCAAAUUAGACGAUGGCGUCUUCUCGAUCCCACCGCCACAAAUGGAUGGCAGUCCUGUGUGUCGUGCUGUUUUAAAUUACACAAUAGCAGUUUCAACCAAGCUCUCAAGCACAAUGCUACUAAAACACGUUUGAUAAGCUAACUUGCGUCUUACCUACGUCUUCAGGCAGCCCCGUGUAG